CCGGAGCGGGGCCGCCGCGGCGGCGGGGGAGGUGGGGCGAGGCGAGGUUUGCUGGGGUGAGGCGGCGGCCGGGCCGGGCCGGGCCACAGGCGGUGGCGGCGGGACCAUGGAGGCGGCGGCCGCUGCUCCGCGUCCCCGACUGCUCCUCCUUGUGCUGGCGGCGGCAGCGGCGGCGGCGGCGCUUCUGCUCCCGGGGGCGACGGCAUUACAGUGUUUCUGCCACCUCUGUACAAAAGACAAUUUUACUUGUGUGACAGAUGGGCUCUGCUUUGUCUCUGUCACAGAGACCACAGACAAAGUUAUACACAACACCAUGUGUAUAGCUGAAACUGACUUAAUUCCUCGAGAUAGGCCAUUUGUAUGUGCACCCUCUUCCAAAACUGGGUCUGUGACUACAACAUAUUGCUGCAAUCAGGACCAUUGCAAUAAAAUAGAACUUCCAACUACUGGCCCUUUUUCAGUGAAGCCAUCACCUGGCCUUGGUCCCGUGGAACUGGCAGCUGUCAUUGCUGGACCGGUGUGCUUCGUCUGCAUCUCACUCAUGUUGAUGGUCUAUAUCUGCCACAACCGCACAGUCAUUCACCAUCGAGUGCCUAAUGAAGAGGAUCCUUCAUUAGAUCGCCCUUUUAUUUCAGAGGGAACUACAUUGAAAGACUUAAUUUAUGAUAUGACAACGUCAGGUUCUGGCUCAGGUUUACCAUUGCUUGUUCAGAGAACAAUUGCGAGAACUAUCGUGUUACAAGAAAGCAUUGGCAAAGGUCGGUUUGGAGAAGUUUGGAGAGGAAAGUGGAGGGGAGAAGAAGUUGCUGUUAAGAUAUUCUCCUCUAGAGAAGAACGUUCAUGGUUCCGUGAGGCAGAGAUUUAUCAAACUGUAAUGUUACGUCAUGAAAACAUCCUGGGCUUUAUAGCAGCAGACAAUAAAGACAAUGGUACUUGGACUCAGCUCUGGUUGGUGUCGGAUUAUCAUGAGCAUGGAUCCCUUUUUGAUUACUUAAACAGAUACACAGUUACUGUGGAAGGAAUGAUAAAACUUGCUCUGUCCACAGCAAGCGGUCUUGCCCAUCUUCACAUGGAGAUUGUUGGUACCCAAGGAAAGCCAGCCAUUGCUCACAGAGACUUGAAAUCAAAGAAUAUCUUGGUAAAGAAGAAUGGAACUUGCUGUAUUGCAGACCUAGGACUGGCAGUAAGGCAUGAUUCAGCCACAGAUACAAUUGAUAUUGCUCCAAACCACAGAGUGGGAACAAAAAGGUACAUGGCCCCUGAAGUUCUCGAUGAUUCCAUAAAUAUGAAACAUUUUGAAUCCUUCAAACGUGCUGACAUCUAUGCAAUGGGCUUAGUUUUCUGGGAAAUUGCUCGACGAUGUUCCAUUGGUGGUAUUCAUGAAGAUUACCAGCUGCCUUAUUAUGAUCUUGUACCUUCUGACCCAUCAGUUGAAGAAAUGAGAAAAGUCGUUUGUGAACAGAAGUUAAGGCCAAAUAUCCCAAACAGAUGGCAGAGCUGUGAAGCCUUGAGAGUAAUGGCUAAAAUCAUGAGAGAAUGUUGGUAUGCCAAUGGAGCAGCUAGGCUUACCGCAUUGCGGAUUAAGAAAACAUUAUCACAACUCAGUCAACAGGAAGGCAUCAAAAUGUAAUUCUGCAGCUUUGCCUGAACUCCACUUUUUUCUUCAGAUCUGCUCCUGGGUUUUAAUUCAGGAGGUCAGUUGUUCUGCCUCGCUGAGAGAGAACAGGAGGACGUUGCUUCCUUGUGCGGCAGUGUCAUCAAGUCAGUUAAAAACUUCCCAGGAUUUCUCUGGACCCAGGAAA